AUGGCCGCCCCUCCUCCCCCAACUGUCUACGAUCCCGCCUCCCCCUCCGAAUCCGCCCCUCCACUCCCCUCCGCUCCGUCCUCCGUCCUCGGCCCCUCUUCCGUCCUCCAGCCGCCGCUCUCCCGCCGCGGCUCCGGCCCAGGCAUCGUCCUCGUCCUCCCGAGCCCCAGCACCAUCCCGCCACUCGGCCCCGACGCAGAAAAGCCGCUCGACCCGGAGCCGCUGCUCAAAUGGGCCGAGGAGGGCUUCGCCGUCGUCGCCAUCACGCUUCCUGAACCUGAGAUGGAACUCACUGGUGAUGACGCUUCCGCCUCCGACGUCGUAAACUUGAUCCGGGACGCUGUGGAUGCGCUGCGGAAACAUGAAAGCGUCGACACCAAAGAUAAGUUCGCUCUUGUCAUAUAUGAGGAAGCUGUUGUUAGCUCGCUGCUCCUCGACGCGGACCGCCUGCAACAACAUGGAAUCGCCGGCAUCGUCACCUUUUCUCACGCCGCUCCUGAAAUCACCACAUCAAUCCCGCUGCUCGCUCACACCAGCACAGCCUCAAAUCCCAACAUCAACAGCAGCGAUGUGCAAAAGUCUAAUGUGACGGUGAACUUUUAUUCUGAAACAACGCCUCACUUCAUCUUCCCCUCGGCCGCGGCUUACAACAACGCUGCUGCUACCCUGUCUCACACGCGCAGCCUGGUCUUCUUACGAAAACACCUAGGCGGGCCGAAUUUUGAUCUCGAAGCUAUCUGGGAGGAACACUGCUAUUGGGAAUUCGAGGCGCGAAGCGUUGCCAAAACCAUGGCCACCAUGGUGGCGGAGCCAUAUGUCAAUCAUAUCCCCACAAUGACGGGAGGCAUCGGUCGUGAGAAACUAACCGCCUUUUACCGUGACCACUUCAUCUUCUGCAACCCCCCAGACACGCAUCUCAAGACCGUCUCCCGCACCAUCGGCCCAGACCGCAUCAUCGACGAAUUCAUCUUUUGCUGCACUCACACACGACAAAUCCCCUUCCUCGUCCCCGGCAUCCCCGUGACGAACAAGCCCCUUGCCAUCCCCAUGGUCGGCGUCAUCAACAUCCGCGGCGACAGGCUUUACCACGAGCACAUCUGGUGGGACCAAGGAACAGUGCUACGCCAGCUGGGUAUUCUACCGACACAUUUGCCAUAUGAGGGCGGCCUCGUCAAGCUCCCUGUCGCGGGGGUCGAGACUGCGCGGUUGCUGCUGGAUGAGCGAGAUGGGACAAGCAAUGAGAUGAUUCAAGAGGCCGUUCUAUCUGCUAAUAACAGCAAAGAUGAGAAUGAAAGCGGAAAAUAA